AUGUCACUGCUUCUCCUUCAGCUGUUAGCGCUUUCAUGUCUCGGAGCCACAGAGCCACAAGGAGAUUCACCACAAAGGAAAAGCAAAAGGCCAUUUCAGCACCUUUUCUAUCUGGACAAAAAUUUGCUUGAAAGUCAGAGUCUGCGUGAGAUGGUAGGGCAAAACCCAGUAGGUGUUGAGGAAAUCCUGGGAGAACCAAGCUUUUUUGUAGCAAUUCCACAGAUGGCAUCUGGAAGUGAAAAACAAGAGGAGAAAAAAAUGUCCAGAUUCAUCCUUCCCAAUGCAGAAUUCCAUGCAGACCAAGACCUGAGAACCUGGGCAGCACCCAGAGAGACCUCUCCUGUGGACAACUUCUCUCCAUCCCACUAUUCCAGCAAGAAGGAGGCUGAACUUCCCUAUAGAAACGAUGCUAAGAAAUUUUGGGACCACUUCAUGUUAAAGAAAAAUUCAGCAUCUGAAGAGGUUGUCCUGCCAAUCAAGACCAAUGAAAUGCACCAAGAAAACUGCAGAACCCUGCCUUUUUCCCAGGGUGUCACUCAUGAGAGCUGUGAGAAGGUGAUGGUACAGAACAAUCUGUGUUUUGGAAAAUGCAGUUCCUUUCACGUUCCUGGUCCAGAAGACCGCCUUUAUACCUUUUGUUCUCAUUGCUUGCCCAGCAAGUUCUCCAUGAAGCGCCUGGAUCUCAACUGCACCAGUUCUGUCCCAGUGGUCAAAGAAAUAAUGAUUGUAGAAGAGUGUAAAUGCGAGACUCAGAAGAUUAAAGACCCUGCAACUGGAUCUCUACUGUCAGACUUGCAUGCAAAAGUACAUGAGCACAAUUAA